AUGUUAUUUUAUUAUGGUAUAUUAACCAGCAUUGCGAUGACAUUAGUUAUAAUUGGUUCAUUUGCAUCAAUUUCAUCUAUUCCAUAUACUGCUUUACCUCCAACAAAGAUUCACCCUUUAUUUGAUCCAACUGAUUUUGAUUUAGAACUCGAUUGUCAUAUUGUCUAUAAAGAUGAUCCUGAAAAGAAUAAGAAAGCUGGUAUCAUGGAUGAAAAACAUGCAAUCUUGUUACCUUUGAGCAGUGGUCUCAUGUUGACCGCUUUGUAUUUUAUUAUCACAAAAUUAAAGAUUCAUUGGAUUAAUUUUGUAAUGAAGCUAUUAAUUUGGAAUAUUAAGACAAUGAGUAUUGUUGCCGGUACUUUUGUUACUUCAUAUGUUUUACAUUCGAUUGUUCGUAAUUUCUUACAUUUUCAGAAGUGGGAUCCAUUAGAAAUAUUCCCAAGAUAUCGUUUGACAGUUUCUGAUGAUAACGAAGAAAUUAACAGAUCUAGCGGUGUAGUUACUAAUUUCAAUUACCAAGAUGUAUUGACAGAUAAAAUAUAUUAUCAAGAUAUGAUUGACAUGAUUAAUAAAAAUCCUAUUGAAAAACAAUAUUAUAAAAGAGAAUUUCGUAAACCUACAAAUAUUGAUUCCAAGAGGCAAAUUAUUAAUAUUUAUUAUGAUAACAUCACAACUAUUUCCUUGAUUUGUUCUGCUAUAUUAACCGUCACAUUUCAUUAUUUACCCAAGAAUUGGUUAGUUGGCAAUCUAGUAAGUGUUAAUUUUGCAAUUUGGUCAAUUUCUCACUUAAACCUGAAGAAUUUAAAAUCUGGUACAUUAAUAUUGAUGGCAUUAUUUUUGUAUGACAUUUAUUUUGUAUUUGGUACUGAAAUUAUGGUGACAGUAGCAACCAAGGUUGAUUUACCAAUUAAAUUAUCGAUACCAACUAAAUACAACGGUCAGAUUGGUAAAUUUGAAUUUGCAAUGUUAGGAUUAGGAGAUAUUGCAUUGCCUGGGAUGUUUAUUUCUACAUGUUACAAAUUUGACAUUUGGAAAUACCAUUUAGAUAAUAAUGAUGUUGAAUUUCAUUUGUUGAAUUGGUCAUAUAUUGGUAGAUAUUUCAUUACCGCGUGUAUUAGUUAUGGAUUAUCGAUAAUUGCAUGUAUGGUAGCAUUGAGUAAAUUUAAGACAGCACAACCUGCAUUAUUAUAUAUUGUGCCUGGGUUGUUAAUUUCUACUUUGAGUUUAGCAUGGAUAAGUGGAGAUUUCAAGCAAUUCUGGUGUUUCCAAUACGAUACGAUUGAAUUGUCGAAGAAUAUAUUGAGAGAAGAGGAUGGAGAUGCGACCACGACGUACACUGCUUUCAUUGAAGCUACUGAUAUCGAUGAUGACGAGGAGGAUUAUACAGAGGAAGACGCUGCACUAGAUUAUGAUGAAGAUGAUUUCAUAUCUAGUGACGAGGAAGAGAAUUAUCGGUCA